GAUCGUGAUGUCAUUUGUAUGACGUUGCAUGCACACGUGAUCAAUGUAGAUGAAACAGAUGAGAAUGGAUAUUAUGUAUGGUCUAGCCGCGGUCGCCAUUGUCAGACUUCGCAGAAAACGGAGACUGAGGAGGAAUGGUCGACCGUGGGCUAGGGAGCAAGGUGGGGAGCAAGGUGCUUUUGAAAACCUUCUCCCCAUCCUUAGGCUUAAAGAGCUAACACAGUAUAAUAAUUUUUUGAGAAUGCCGUCAGACAGUUUUGACGUCCUUCUUGGAUUAGUGACUCCCCUGAUCACCAAGAAAGACACAUCUUUCAGACCGGCAAUUACCCCAGCUGAACGACUAGCAGUCACUAUACGGUUUCUGGCUACCGGAGAAACGUACAAAAGCUUAAGUUGGCUUUUCCGAAUUGGGGCAACAACGAUCGGCGAAUUCGUUCCUGAGGUCUGUGAAGCUAUAUACACUGUGCUCAAGAGCAAGUACAUGAAGUGCCCAGGAAACCAAAUGGAAUGGAGGGAAACGGCCAAUCUAUUUCAGAGCCGGUGGCAACUACCCAACUGUUUGGGAGCUCUGGAUGGAAAACAUGUUACCCUCAGACCUCCAAUUGGCUCAGGUUCAACGUUUUACAAUUACAAGUCUACUUUCUCUAUUGUGUUGAUGGCUGUCGUUGAUGCAGAUUACAAAUUUAUGUGGGUUGAUGUUGGUUGCAAUGGAAGAAUAAGCGAUGGCGGAGUGUUUGAAGGUUGCAGCCUCCAGCAAGCGCUGGAUCGGCGUUCAUCCAUGUUCCCUGAUUCUGCACCAUGUCCUGGAGACGAACGACCACCGAGCUACUAUAUCGUAGCCGACGAUGCUUUCCCGCUGCAAGAAAAUCUGAUGAAACCGUACUCGCACAAGGAUAUGAUUCAUGAACAUCACAUUUUUAACUACAGGCUCUCUAGAGCACGGCGGGUUGUGGACAAUGUUUUUGGCAUUAUGGCAAACCGCUUUCGAGUCUACUUCACAAAAAUUGCACUUGAACCUUCGAAGGUAACGAAGAUUGUCCUGGCAACGUGAACACUACACAACAUGCUACGAGAGGAGAUUGGAAUAACAACGGGAGUAGCUGACGUUGAGGACUUUAACACACACAAAGUCAGUGAUGGUUCAUGGCGAAAUGAUCCUGUCUUGGCACAGGCCACACUUCCUUCGGGGACCAACAACACAACCCGUGCUAUGGCUCAACGGGAAUACCUGGUCCAGUACGUCAACUCUCCAGCAGGCUCCGUGUCCUGGCAGGA